UGCCAGCUUCUUUAAAACGUCAAUGUCAAAGUAAACUGUCAUUGUGAUAACAUAAAUACGAUAUAAUUAUUAUUACAGCAAUUUAUUAAAAAUUCAUCGGAAAUACAGCCAAUACCCCCGCUAAUAAUGGAAAAGGCCGAAUUAGUAGAGGAUAUUGGUCACCCCUUUUUGUCAGAACAGGCAUAUAUGGUACAAGCAGAUGAUAUCGAUGAAGAUGGUGAGCAAAUAACUGCAGAAAAUACAGAUGAUUCUAACCAUGAUGGAGGUGAUAAAAUUGGAAUCCCUUUGAGAGAACAAGAUCGAUUUCUACCCAUUGCAAAUGUUGCCAAAAUAAUGAAAAGGGCAAUACCAGAAUCUGGAAAAAUAGCUAAAGAUGCCAGAGAAUGUGUUCAAGAAUGUGUAUCUGAAUUUAUCAGCUUUAUAACGAGUGAAGCAAGUGAACGUUGCCACUUAGAAAAACGCAAAACAAUAAACGGCGAAGAUAUUUUAUUUGCAAUGAGUUCUUUAGGGUUUGAUCAUUACGUGGAGCCGUUAAAAUUAUAUUUACAAAAAUACAGAGAUGCCACUAAAAGUGAUAAGAAUCUGCAUACAAAUGAAGUUUUAUAUGAAGAAUUACCUGAUGAUAAUUACAACUCUUCUAUGAGCGGUAACAUUAUAUCAACUGAAACUACAACACCUGAUACUGUUAUAUUUACUUAUCAACCUGAAAAUGUACAACAAUUUCAAUUAAAUCACAUUUAAUCCUA